CCGGCCGCCAUAUUGGGAAAGAACGGAAGUCGGAAGAAAAAAAAAAAAGAGCGAAGGAGCGACGAGGAGGAGCGGUUUCCGAGAAAAGGGCCUCCUCCUCCCCGCGUCUCCUCUCUCCGUCCCCCCAGGAGGAAGGGGCGGUCUCUGCGCCGCGCCGCAGCCGGAAUUAGCCGCUGCUCGCUCGGCUCCGCUCGGUUCGCCCGCUGCCGACUCGGAAACGGGACCAAAGGGGGGGUGGAGGGAGACCGAGAGAGGCUCGGAGCAUUUGGCAGGAAGAGGAGAAGCCGAGAGUUUGGAGAGAGGAGCGGAGAGCAGGAGUAAAAGCGAAGAAGAAGAAGAAGAAGGAGAACCGGAGGAGGAGAAGAUGCCGCUGGCUCAGCUGGCGGAUCCCUGGCAGAAGAUGCCGGUGGGGGGGACGGCUGGAGAGGAUGCUCACCCUGAUGGCGAGGACACGGCGGGCAACGACGACUCGAUGCUGGCCGUCACGGACGACGUUCCCAUCAAAGAGAUCAGCAUCACCCACCACGUGAAGGAGGGGUCGGAAAAGGCCGACCCGCGGCAGUUUGAGCUCCGCAAGGUCCUGGGACAGGGCUCCUUUGGGAAGGUGUUUCUGGUGAGGAAGGUGACCGGACCGGACGCAGGGCAGCUGUACGCCAUGAAGGUGCUGAAGAAAGCCACGCUGAAAGUUCGCGACCGGGUCAGAACGAAGAUGGAGAGGGACAUCCUGGUGGAGGUCAACCACCCCUUCAUCGUCAAGCUGCACUACGCGUUCCAGACGGAGGGGAAGCUCUACCUGAUCCUGGACUUCCUGAGAGGAGGAGACCUCUUCACGCGCCUCUCCAAGGAGGUGAUGUUCACCGAGGACGAUGUGAAGUUCUACCUGGCUGAGCUGGCGCUGGCCCUGGAUCACCUCCACGGCCUCGGCAUCAUCUACAGAGACCUGAAGCCUGAGAAAUCAUCAACAAGGCCAAGAGGGACCCCACAGAGGAGGUGGAGAUCCUGCUGAGAUACGGGCAGCACCCCAACAUCAUCACCCUGAAAGACGUGUACGACGACGGCCGCUCGGUGUUCCUGGUGACGGAGCUGAUGAAGGGAGGCGAGCUGCUGGACAAAAUCCUCCGGCAGAAGUUCUUCUCGGAGCGGGAGGCCAGCGCCGUGCUCUACACCAUCACCAAGACCGUGGAGUAUCUGCAUGUGAACGGGGUGGUGCACAGGGACCUGAAGCCCAGCAACAUCCUGUACGUCGACGAGAGCGGGAACGCCGAGUCCAUCCGCAUCUGCGACUUUGGUUUUGCCAAACAGCUGAGAGCAGAGAACGGCCUGCUGAUGACGCCGUGUUACACCGCCAACUUCGUCGCUCCAGAGGUUUUGAAGAAGCAGGGUUACGAUGCUGCCUGUGACAUCUGGAGUCUGGGCGUUCUGCUCUACACGAUGCUGACAGGUUUUACCCCUUUUGCUAAUGGUCCAGAGGACACGCCAGAGGAGAUUCUGGCCCGUAUUGGCAGUGGGAAGUUCUCCCUUACUGGAGGAUACUGGAACUCCGUCUCUCCUGAAGCAAAGGAUCUGGUGUCUAAGAUGCUGCAUGUAGAUCCUCAUCAGAGACUGACUGCGGCUCAGGUCCUCAGACAUCCCUGGGUGAUGCACAGAGACCAGCUGCCCAAAUACACCCUGAACAGACAGGACGCCCCACACCUCGUCAAGGGAGCAAUGGCCGCCACCUACUCUGCUCUGAGCAGGAACGUUCCCCCGGUCCUGGAGCCGGUGGGCUGCUCCACUCUGGCCCAGCGGAGGGGGGUGAAGAAGCUCACCUCCACCGCUCUUUGACUUCCUUCCACUUCCUCCUCUUGUCAACUCUGACCUCGAUCUGAUCGCCGCCGGACCUCCCCUGCUCCGGACAACUCCGGUCCGGUCCGGUCUGGUUAGACAGACUACUGAUGGACCUGAGAGCCGCUAACGCCAAAUAGAAGCACACCCCCUCGCCGCCCCGCCCUGCACCUUAACGGGGUUUUCUUCCACCAGAUCCCUCCUGCUGUCGAGUCUCAGCUUUAGCAUCACUAAUCGACAGCCGGACCGAGCUGCAAGGAAAACCCGACCGACCCGGUUCCAGUUUCUGCUUCGGACAAUCAGCGCUUCCUCGCCACACAGUCAGGAAUAUGAAAGUAUUUAUUAACCUCGGACGGGGAAAUCAUAGGAACAAAGUAAUGUACGGUAUGCAUUUAAAGAGCUAGGCUCGUUGUUAUCUGUGUAGUUGUAGAAUCUGCAUUUAAACCUCAAGUAGCCUCUGAGACGACGAGAGACGGACACAGUUCCAGAUUUAGCUCAGGAAGCAAAGCCGCUGCUCGGAUUCUAAAGGGAAAGAAGGUCUCAUGGGAGCCAGAAUGUUUUGUUUGGGGGGAAAAUCGUUUUCUUUUUCCACCUUUUAGCAUUUAGGAGCAAAAGAGCAACGUGUUCCAAACAUUAGCCAAUCAAAACCUUUCGUUUCUACCACGGCUUAUCCAAAAACCAACUUUGCUAAAUACCUCUAAAUACUUUACUCAAUAAAACUGAACUGAAGCCCAAAAAUCGUUUUUCAGAAGGUUUAUUUAAAAUUACGUUCUGCUGCCCCCUAGUGAAUGCAAAGCGUAUAACCAGGCUUUAUUUUCUCUACAUUUUUGUUUUUGUUUGACACCAGGUAUCACGAUCAUUAUUGUUUACUGUCUAAUUUGACCUGCAAAGCUUGUGAGGAAACACAUUUAUGCAUUUAUUAGAGAGAAGCUAAAUCUGUGGUGCUCACUUUUUCUCAUUUAGCUUUUGGAAAUAAAUCUGAUCAAAUGUCAAUGUUGUGAAAAAACACAUCAAAAAGCUAAUAACUAACAGCUGUUUAACUAAGAAAUUAAAUCAAAAAUGUAUAUUUGGUAAACCUAAAAUGGUGACAUAGCAUGUAAAAAUUUUAGCAAUAUUGGCUUACAGUGUUUGUUUUAGUUUAUAAAAUAAAUUAUCUGGAGGUAAUAAAUAAAUAAUAGCCAAUGAAGGCUCCUGAUCCCUUUUAGCUUUACUGAGAAUUUAGUUCCAGAUUAAAUGUCGGCUUUUGUCCCAAUAUGUGGCUAUGAUUCCCCUCAUCAUUGGCAAAAAUCUACAAAAAUAAAUCUAAACUUGCAGCUGAAGUUUCAGAUGAGUUUUCAUGGCAAAAAUAAUGAAUAAACUCCCGACGUUUUCCUCUCAGACUGUAAUGAGGUUCUGGUGAAAGCAGAGGGAGCUCCGCAGCUCAGCUGAACUUUAGAGCAGAAACAUUCAAAGUUUAAAUAGUUUAAAUAAACCCAAGAAAGUUUAACUUUACUCAUCUGAAUUAGCAUUUUGAUACAUUUUAUUUUCACAAAAUUGUAGUUUAGGUUUUGUGAUUUUUAUCACAGGUUUCUCUCAGUGAUGAUUUGAGCCUGUUUCAUAGAAACUUUGGUUUAAACUAAUUUCGCGGCCACGGUUUCAUCUAUACACAUAAAAUUUGUCCAUUAAAUGUAGGGAUUUCUGUCCUCUUCAGCCCAGCGUCUCUCACUGCGGUGGGACUUUUAGUUUUCAGUCAGAUCACCUCAGAGCUGAAACAUAAAAUCAAAUUCACUGCCCUUAUGUUUCAGCUCUGCGUCGGCCUUUUAAAUCUACCAUGGAGUUUAUUUUAGCCGCCGUACUGCUAAAAGCUUUACGUGUGGUCAGCAGGUUUAGCUCCACAGUUAAAGGAAUAUUCGGUACAGCUUUUUGUUUUUACACAGAACAACCAUCUCCCUCCCUAUUGUUCCCCAGAAAAGGCGGGAAUCACCAUAGCAACCUCUUCUUUUGUGUUGCUAUCAUGGCUGCCCCAGUCGACUCAGCAGUUUCAGCCAUUGUCUCGUUAGCAUAACGAUAUUAUCUCCUCCUGACUGAACAGCAGCUAAUCUGAGCACCACUGAUUUAAGCCACCGGCCGACAUUUUUACCUAAAUUAUUCAGGAACAGUUUAAGGAGUUUGAUCGCAGCUUGAUGAAGCCCCCCCCCCCCCCCCCCCCCCCCCUCUGUGAUAAGAUGAUUUAGAAACGAGGCUUAGGGCCUCCUGCUUCUUCCUGCAUCACCUGAAGCUGGAUUUCAGCCUCUCUGUGCAGCAGAACUGUAAAUAUGAACACGCCGGGCAACUCAGGUUUCUACCAAUCAUGACGAUGCAUUGUGUACGUCCCGGAGGACGGAGGUACACUCCAAUAAGCACAGGAACGUGAGCGAAAGAGGCGAGCAAAGAGGCUCUUAGCAGACGUGCUGUCUGCUGAAUUAAAAUAAAAAAAAAAUUACACUUCCAGUUUGUCUUUCCAGAUGUCCACGUUCUUCUUUAUGGUCUUAAAAAUGACUUUUCUGGGUUUUGGAAUGGAACUCCUCUGUGUCUAAUGUUGCGUUGCUAUGAUCAGUGUACAGCUCAAGCAUUUAUGCCUGUGAUGAUGAUUGUGAUCAUCUGGCAGCAAACCCUUUAAAAACUGAGCAGAAAAGCAUUUAAAAGCAUUCCAGCUGUUAACACUCGCCGGAGCUGCAGCACAAAACUAACCACACGGCUUUAUUUAUGCAACAACUGCUUCAUCUCUGCAGAUGUAGGCUUUACAUUCUGCCAUUUGGUCUGAUCUGUUUAUCAAACGUGAGCUCCAGUUUGGCCAUCAGGGGGCGCUGCGCUCAUUGAAAUCCAGCUGAAGCUUAUUUGACAAAAUUGUUCAGUUAAUGAUUCGACUUUUUUUUUUUUAAUCUGUGAAAUUAAUCUGUUCUCGGUUUGCUUCCGGUGUGAAAACAUGGAAAAACAAAUAAAAAAGUUUAAAAUGUCAGAAACUUUUAACUUGACGACCUCAGAGGCCCCUUUUCACCAGCGGUGAAUUAAAAUAAACAUGGAAAUGAUAAAAUAGGAUUAAAUUAUAAAGUCAUUUCCUAGAUAAUUUUUUUUAAAUUAAAGCAAAAACUUUCAUGAUUAAAAUAAAUCUUGCCAUUAAAGUGAAACUUGGAACAACAUUUAGAAAACAAGUCUAAUGUGUGACCUUUAAAUUGUAGCGAUGUCUUUCCUGUUAUUUUCUAGGGACUUUUUUUCCAUUGUUUAUCAUAAAUUUUGCCGUUUUAAUUUUUUUAUUGCUGUAAAAAUCUCGCCUUUUGCUCACAGUUCUGACUCUGAAUGCGUUUUGUGAAUUUUCUGUUUUAACCUGGUGAAGAAGGGCCUCCGCUGACGUCUGAGGCCGAGUUUGUGAAAACAAAAAUAAUUUGUUCACGGCAGAAAUCCGACAUCUGCAGUCGUGGAAAACUUUCUGUGGUCGUCUGAAUGUCAUAUUAAAGGGAUAAAAUUCAGAGUUUCUUUAUGUUUUAUAAAUAAGUAUUGAUUUGUGUUGAAUUUUGUUCAUUCUCCUGUCAGUGUACAGCUCUGGGAUAAAGAAAGAUAAAUAAAUGUUUUUUUCUGGAGGUAUAGACAGAGGAACAGCUUUUUUUUCCUCUUCAUCUAACUCUUCCUCUUCUUGUCUGAUUGUGUCAGAGAUAUUCAGCCCUGCUGCUACGCCAGCUCUCUGUUUUUGUACCUGCAGAGUUGGACUUUCUAUGGAAAACAAUAAAAAAACAAUAAUCGAUAAA